AUGACAACGGAGCAAUUGGAAGGCGAAGAGGCGCUAGCGGAAUUAAACGCCCGUAUUCAAUCUAAGCGAGACAAAACUGGUUCUUCAUCCACGUCAAGCCAUCCGACUAACCGUGGGAAGUUGCCUGAGCUUAACUUACCUACUUUUGACGGAAAUGUACUUCAGUGGACACAAUUCUGGGAUCAAUUUAGCUCGAAUAUUGAUCAGAGGGAACUAAGAGAUGUGGAUAAACUUCUAUAUCUAAAAACAUCCUUGAAAGGAGACGCGAAGACUAUUUUAGACGGAUUAGAAACUACUAAUGACAACUACAAAAUAGCCGUAGCCACACUUACUAACCGAUAUGGUAGAAAAACACAAAUAAUUGACGCUCAUUAUUCGAAAUUAUAUAAACUGUCGAGGGCAGAGAAACCUGAUGAAUGCAGAAAAACGUUAGACGACAUUGAACGACACCUGAGAAUAUUAAACUCUUUAGGAGAAAAUACUGAACAUAACCAUCUGAGAUUCUUAAUCAUGGAAAAAUUCCCGGAAGACAUCAUAUACGAGUUGAAAUUGAAAUUAAAGGAUGAGUCUAUAGAAGAAUUAAGAAAAGAGCUGCAGGUAGUACUCACAGCCAGAGAAGAUGCCAAAAGGACCUGUGAAGAGAUCAACAGUAAGGAUAAGAGCUUCACUACGGAAACGCUUCUUAUACAAGAAUAUAAAAAUAAAAGAAAACCGAAAUCUAGGAAAUCAGAUGUUAGUAAGAAUACCAAUAAGAAGUUUAAGCCAACUUUAACUGCCUUUAGUAAGACGUACAGCAAUAAACGGAAGUUCAAAGAAGAGGAAAAUAGUUCUGCAUCAAUUCAGAAGAAGAGGAAGAUAUCAUGCAUAUUUUGUGGUGAAGAUCAUUUCAAUGAUGAAUGCACCAAGUUCCAAACAGUACAACUCAGAAAGGCAAAAUUAACUAACCGCUGUUUUAUAUGCUUUGGUUUAGGUCACUGCGCAAAAACAUGUAAAAAGAAAACAAGAUCUUGUCCACACUGUAAAAGGAGUGGACUACACAAUAGAGCACUGUGCCCUACCAAGGAACAACAUAAGAAGGAAACCACCACCUCAUUGCAUGUUAAUGACGAUUCUCCUACAGUCCUACAAACAGCUAUUGUUAACGCUAUAGGAAGAAACAAAGCAGUACUCAAAUGUCGCGUACUUUUGGAUUGUGGUAGUAUGAGAAGUUAUGUCUUGCAAAGGGUAGCUAAGAAACUUGAUCUGGUACCUGAAGAGAAACAGCAUCUCAGAGUAUUCACCUUUGCUGGAGAACAACCUCGUGAGUUAGAAAGUCCAUUGGCCAGACUCUGCCUACAAACAAAUACUGAUAAACUAAAGCUAAUAUAUGUCAACAUCGUGCCUACAAUGACUCAUGACAUAUCCACAUUUAAUAAGGACUUCUCAGAAUGGGAACAUCGACAUAAGUAUAUUCUAUCCGAUGACGGAUCACUUGAAGACCAAGUUGACAUCCUGAUAGGGAACGACUAUUAUCAGUCACUGAUGUUAUCCGAGAAAAUAGAGAUAAAGGAAAAUCUAUAUCUAGUGAACUCUGUGUUUGGUUGGAUAUUGUCUGGUCGAUCCAGAGAAGAAAGGGGUGACGAACUAUCUGUACUCACUUACUUCCAAGCCUCAUAUGAGACCAAAUUAAAUGAGCCUGAUCUACCGUUAGAUAAUACAUCCAUGAGAGCUCUAUGGGACUUGGAGUCCAUAGGAAUUGUCGACUCACCUAACACCAACAGGGAUGAAGAAACGAUCAAGCAGUUCAAUGAAAACACAACGCUGAAAGAUGGAAGAUACCAUGUCAGCUGGCCAUGGAAGGAUUAUCCUCCAGAGUUACCAACAAAUUACGGAUUAGCAUAUGGAAGACUCGUAGGACUUGUGAAAAGACUGGAUAAGGAAACUUUAUUAAUGUAUGACAAGACACUAAGUAGUCAGUUGGAAAAGAAAAUUAUAGAAGAAGUUCCUAACGGGAAAGAAAGGGAUCAUCCCAUACAUUAUUUACCAUUUCACGGAGUUAUGGCUACUGGAAAGGCACUUAGACUGGUAUACGAUGCUUCAGUAAAAGUAAAGAAUGCGAAAAGUCUUAAUGAAUGCUUGUAUGCCGGACCUAUGAUGCUAGAAGAUCUGACUGGAUUAUUAAUUCAGUUUAGAUGCCACAAUAUAGGAUUAACUGCUGAUGUAGAAAAAGCUUUCUUGCAAAUUGGAUUAAAUAAUAAUGAUAGAGAUGUGACUCGAUUUCUAUGGCUGAAGGAUUCAGAGAAACCCAUCACUGAAGAAAACCUUAUACAAUACAGAUUCACCAGAGUUCCAUUUGGAAUCAUCUCCAGUCCGUUUUUGUUAAACGCAACUAUAAAACAUCAUCUACAGAACUCUGAAGGCAAUUAUACAAAACAGCUGGCUAAUAAUAUAUAUGUGGACAACCUACUCACAGGCACAGAGUCAGUAGAUAAAGCUUUAGAUCUGUACAAAGAGGCAAAAGACAAGUUUUCAAAGAUAUCCAUGAACCUGCGGGAAUGGAGUUCUAAUUCUAAAGAGUUCCUCGAUCAAAUACAAGAUGCGGCAUCGGAAACCACUGUAAAAACUUUAGGUUUAAAUUGGGAAUUGAAAGACGACUGUCUCCGACUUAGAGCCAAAGUAAACAAAACUAAUGAGGUGACGAAGAGAGGGAUUCUUAAAACUAUAGCGGCAAUAUACGAUCCUUGCGGAUUUAGUGUACCUAUAGUAUUACCAGCUAAACUACUUCUACAACAAUUAUGGAAAGACAAGGUCAAAUGGGACAGCUCAUUAUCUAAUGAGACAAAACAAAAGUGGAUGAAUAUCCUAGAAGAUCUUAAAGAAGUAGAGUCAAUACGUCUACCAAGAAAUAUGACUGUACCAAAUAAACACAAGGCCCAACUGCAUUGUUUUACCGAUUCUUCGACAGUAGCCUACCCGGCUGUAGUAUACUUGGUACAAGGAGAUAACGUCCAAUUCAUAAUAGGCAAGUCCCGUCUUGUACCUGCUAAAAAUCAAGAAAAUUUGAAGAUACCGAAACUGGAAAUGCUAGGUGUUUUGAUUGGAAGUAGACUUAUCAAAUAUGUCCUCAAGUUUUUACAACUGGAUAUAACGGAGGUGAUAUUAUGGACAGAUAGCCAAAUUGUGAAAAGUUGGUUCUAUUCAGACAAACUACUAGAACCGUUCGUAGCUAGAAGAAUGGAAGAAAUUAGAAGAAAUAAAGACCUAAUCGUGAGAUAUGUUCCAUCGGGACUCAAUCCGGCAGACACUGCAACACGGCCAAACACCUCGAAAGAAGAGAGAGAUAGGUGGUUGAAUGGGCCAGACUUCCUACGUCAAGGUGCAAAGACCUGGCCGAAGAAUCCAGGUGCUGAAGUUACUCUUCUCCUGGGGGAGGGUCUGUCCAACACAGAAAAUCAGCAAAAGGCUAAGGUAUUGUCUACCGAAUCAAGUCCAGUAACAAACCUAGAUUCUCAAUUACAAGAAAUAAGACAGCUACAAGAAACAAUGUUCCCGGAAGAAGUACAGGGGAAGAAAACAAGUUUAGCUCGCAGUCUAGGUUUAUUCUGCGACACAAAUGGAAUCCUACGAUGUGAUGGUCGUCUCACACAUUCAGACUUAUCUUACGACGCAAAACAUCCUAUUCUUUUACCAAAGGAAAGCGAUUUUACCGAGAAACUUAUAAAGGAAACUCAUGAAAAGAAUCUUCAUGUAGGAGUAGCUCAUACAUUAAGUCUUAUACGUCAGAAGUAUUGGAUACCUCAAGGAAAGUGCUUAAGUAUAGAAGUACUUAUAGAAGAUUUACCACUUUCCGGAUCACUUAUUAAACAGCAACUUAUAGAAGGUUGGAACCGUGGCAACAAGAUAAUGGAUGAGUACAAAGAAAUGUUUGUUAACCAGUAUUUAUUGAGUCUCAGAGAAAGAUAUCAAAAUUCACCUAAACAGGCAAGGGUGAAGUCUCAUGAAAAUCCAAGGGUUGGAGAUGUCGUGCAAAUAAAGGGUGAAGCUAAAAAUAGAGAAGGAUGGAAGGUAGGAAAAAUUUCAGAAUUAAUCAAAGGAAAGGACGGUUUGUGCAGGGUCGCAAAGGUUAAAGUAGGAGACAGCGUAUUCACGAGAUCCAUAGCACAACUUUAUCCUCUGGAAGUCGAUGAGGAUGCUUCAUUCCAAGAUUCGUUAAAGGAGUCCUCAGUGAAUGAAGACAAGGAUACAUACGUGGACAUUGGAGAGCUUUCUCAGUCCUUACCAUCAAGAACUGAUGAUAGUAAUAACGCCUAUGCUCCUACUAGCGCAAAUAACUCUAAAGCAGAUCAUCACAAACUUGAUGAGGCUAAGGGAAGCGAUUUAACGAUGGAUCAGAGAGAGUUGUUGGAAGACACAAGACUGACACAAAUUAGAGAAACUACUCCAGAACAAAUUCCUUCGGAUGUUGACUCUGAAAUAAAUAAUGAAGUGGACUCAAAUCAUCAGGAUGAAUUGAGUGAUCAACGUCGAGCAGCUGCGGUCCAGGCUAUGGAAAGAAUCCAUAGAUGGACGCGAGAAUUAAUGUCUACCAUAAAUUAA